CGAGGAAGGGGAGUGACUCCGGAGUAUAUUAGGAGGUGGGUGCGAGCGUGUCCCUUACAGUCGCUGGAGCUGAGACUCUGUAGGACCCACUAGCUGCAAGAAUGUCGUCUGCAGAAAGUGAAGCUGCUGCCUCUACAGUAACCGAGGAACAAGACCCAAAAAAUGUAGCGGACAGGGUAGCCAACCUACCCCUGGUCAGUUCCGCCUACAACAUGGUCUCUGCGGCAUACACAUCCACGAAGGAGAGCCACCCCUAUGUGAAAUCCGUCUGCGACGUGGCGGAGAAAGGCGUCAAGACCAUCGCUUCGGCAGCUGCCAGCGGUGCUCAGCCCAUCCUGAGCAAACUCGAGCCCCAGAUUUCAACAGCCAAUGAGUUUGCCUGCAAAGGUCUGGACAAGCUGGAGGAAAACCUGCCGAUUCUUCAACAGCCCACUGAUAAGAUCAUUUCGGGCACCAAAGAUCUGGUGACCUCCACCGUGACGGGAGCCAAGGACGCCAUCAGCAGCACGGUCUCGGGUGCGAAGGACGCCGUUGCCAGCACCGUAACCGGGAUGGUGGAUCGAACCAAGGAGGCGGUCCAGGGGGGCGUCGAGAUGACCAGGUCCGCGGUGACCAGCGGAGUCAACACAGUGAUGGGCUCUUCCGUGGGGCAGAUGGUGACCAGCGGUGUGGAUGCUGUGCUGGGGAAGUCGGAACAGCUGGUGGACCACUACCUUCCCAUGACGGAUGAGGAGCUGGCUAAGCUCGCCACCUCCGUCGAGGGUUUUGAAAUCGCCACCGUGGAGCAGCAGAAGGAACAGAAGAGCUACUUUGUUCGCCUUGGGUCUCUCUCAACAAAGGUCCGCCGCCGAGCCUACCAGCACUCUUUGGGCAAGCUGAGGGAUGCCAAGCAGAGCACCCAGGAUGCCCUCGCCCAGCUGCACCAAACCAUCGAGCUGAUGGAACAUGUCAAACAAGGGAUGGAUCAGAAGUUCCAAAGCGGGCAGGAGAAGGUGCAUCAGAUGUGGAAGCAAUGGAGUCAGAAUCAGUCCCCCGAACUGAGUCAGAAGAACGUCCCAGAGCCUGAGCAGAUAGAGACUCAAGCCUUGGAGGUCUCCCGCGGCCUGGCCCAGCAGCUUCAGUCGGCCACCAUGACGUUGGUCUCCAACCUCCAAGGCCUCCCAGCCAACCUCCAAGAAAAAGUGGGCCUGCUCCGCCAGAAUGCCGAGGACAUCCGCCUGGCCUUUGGGUCUGCCAAGUCCUUCCGCGACCUCUCCGGCACCAUCUUGGCCCAGAGCAGGGAAAAGGCCUCCAAGCUCCGCGAGCUGACCGACGAGUUAAUGGACGACGUGUUGCAGAAUGCCCCCCUGUCUUGGCUGGUGGGACCCUUUGCUGCGUCCGGGAAGGCAGAGGCAGAGGAAAUAGAGAUGGAGUAG